AUGAACGCUUCGACUCGCGUUGGCCAGGCCAUCAUUGGCGCCUCCACGCCCUCUGCGAACGAGAAUGCUGCUGCUGGCAACAAUGCCAACAUCCACGGCCCCAACUCUGGUGUCAACGCCGCGGGCAUGACCAUCAGCGGCAACGGCAACCACGUCGGCAACAUCACACAUGGCGCGCCGGUGCACCACGGCGACGUCAAGAACGUCAUUGGCGUCCAGAUCAACGAUCCCGUCUCGGCGAUUGCGUAG